AUGACAACCAAUGGCAAGCCGACGAUAAGGACGCAGCUAGUGCUCAUCUCAAGCGAAGGGGUCGAGACGCUGGACCUCCGCAUUCGCGGCUGUAAAUACAAGGUCGAAUAUUUUCCGGAAGUCGAAGUUGUCGAAAGGCGCUCGCACACACAGAUGGCCCCUUCCGAUCGUAUUGGCAAUCGACAAAUCUGCGGAGGGCACGCGAUUGGUUCCAACGAUCGCAUCGUUUUCUGGAUCGAGAAAUCGCUUCAAAAUGAUCUGACCGUGUUUUAUCAGGGG